AUGGAAAAAAGCACUGUUUUGAGUCAUGGUUCCUCUCCCUUGAGUUCGCCUGUGGUCUUCCUAGUUUCAGCUAGCAAAGAGAGGCAUCGAAGCAGUUGUAAAAAGACAGGAUCUCAAUUGUUACCAAACUUAUCCACCUGUGCUUAUGAUCGUAGACACUGUUAUGGGAUAAAUGGUCUUGUCAGAUUGAUCCUCACUUUAAUCCAUGAAAAUUCGAAGCAUACUCGACUCUCUGCAAUCGGUUUCGGUCAUGGCGCAAGUACUGCUUUGGUUUCUGGCGCUGCAAGAGCUGGAAAUGGACGAGCACUCUUUGUUCGAGAUGAGGGCAAUUUACGCGAGGCCGUGUUAGACGUCCUUAAUUGUUGCCUCCAACCUUGGCUUACAGAUGUGAGUGUGGAUUGGUGUCUCACACGGGACUCGAAACCUGUCCCCUCAGUUCUGCAAGUUCCCUCCUGCUUACCACCUGUUUUCUCCAAUACAUUCACCACUUUUGCGGCCUUUGUUCCACUAGGAAAAGAGCCUCUUGGGGGUGAAGUGACACUUUCCUUCAAAUUAAACGGCAAACCGAUGUCAAUUAAGGCCCAAAUAACUCAGUCGGAUGUCACACCACCCUCUUGCCUCCUUCAUCGCUAUGCAGCUAGUCUUCAACUUCUCGAAUUACUCGACCACUACUACGCAUCUGGAAGUGAUGAAGAUCGUGAACUAGUUGUCAACUUAUCAAUUGAGUCCAGCGUCAUCUCACCCUUCACUGCUUUUGUCGGACUAAGACCAAAGGAUUUGGGGAAUCUGGGAAAAGUUAGCGUCAAAAUUCCCCUUGGAAUAAAGAAACACGUGUCGGUGGACUACUUGGAUUGUUCACCGAUUCGAAAUGCUCUCUGUGGUGAGUUAAUCGGUGAAAUUCCAUAA